UACAUAUCAGUGCCCAUCUGAGCUGCCUUUCAGUGCCACCUAUCAGUGCCAGUCAGUUCCACCUAUCAAUGCUGCCAAUCAGUGCUGCCUAUCAGUUGCCCAUCAGUGCCACAUAUCAGUGCCCACCAGUGCAGCCUAUCAGUGCCCAUCACUGUAGCCUCAUUAGCGCACAUCAGUGAAGGAGAAAAAUCACUUAUUUAAAAAAUUUUAUAACA